AUGGACAUUGUGGCGAAAUCCCUAUACUCUAACAGCGAGGUGUUUAUCAGGGAGCUCAUCUCCAAUGCAUCCGAUGCGUUGGAGAAGCGAAGAUGCGCCGAGUUGACGGGAGAAAUAGCAGAAGGACCGAGCGAAAUUCGUGUCAUUACUGAUGAGGCUAAUCGCACAAUCACAUUCGAGGACACUGGCAUUGGAAUGAAUCGCGAAGAUCUGCUUGAAUGUUUGGGAACAAUCGCCAAGUCUGGCAGCAAAGAUUUCAUCGAGAAGAAUAAGGACAACGCAGAAGCUGUCAUUGGUCAGUUUGGUGUCGGAUUUUAUUCUGCGUUCAUGGUAGCGGAAUCAGUGGUUGUUACUACAAGGAAAGUCGGCGCAACCGAGCAGCAAGGAUUGAAAUGGACUUGGAAUGGCGAUAACUCCUAUGAAAUAUCUGAAGAGAAUGGCCUGCCAACUGGUACUCGCGUGCAAAUUCAUCUGAAAGCUGGCGAUUCGGCUGAUUUCUCUAAAGCUGAAAAAGUGAAAGAGAUAAUCGAUAAGUACUCCUAUUUUGUCGCUGCCCCGAUUCUUCUCAAUGGGGAACGUGUGAAUAGCUUGAAUGCCAUAUGGACAUUGCAGCCGAAGGACGUCACCAAGGAGAUGCACGAAACAUUCUUC